GAGCAGGAAAGACUCUUAAAGGCUGGAAAAGCCUUGGGAAAGCAGGACACUAUCAGACUCUUCGAGCACCAUCGUGGUCAGUGGGAUAAAUUGCAGAUAUCUGGCGUGUUGGGCGUUUUGAUGUGGGACGAUUUCCCGUGGCCUGUGUUCAAACGGCCAAGUGGCCCCGAUGACGUGACAGCUCCUUACAUCACAGCCUACAUGUUAUCCCCUCUGCAUCCUGCCGACAAGUCUGCGAAGGACCGCAUCAAGGAGAACAUUAGACGAUGGCAUCCUGAUCGGUUCGAGACCCAGCUACUGCCGAAAGUCAAGGAGAGCGACAGAGACAUCGUGCGAGAUGCUGCUGGUACGGUGGUCAGGGUGCUGAACGAUCUCCUGCGCUCCAGUACACAAGAA